GUGUGUGUGUGUGUGUGUGUGUGUGUGUGUGUGUGUGUGUGUGUGUAAGCUACUCUGACCCUUCAGGGCCCUGUGUUCACCCAAAGCCUACAUCUUACCAGGGCACCUGCCUUGCUGUGUGUCUUUGAGCAAGUCAGUUCCCCUCUCUGGGCUCUUUCUCUACUGCUCAGCCUGGCACUGGAAACAGGAGGAAAGGGCCAUUCUCAAUGCACGGCCUCCUCCACCCUCUAUAAAAACCCAAUUAGCUUAGCGUUUAGUGAGCACUCAACCAAAGGUUUUGUUAUUUUUGAGACAGGCUCCUCUGAUCUACAGAUGGAGGAGAUAGAGACACCAAGAAGUCAGUCCUGCACUGGAGGGGACACACACACACACACACACACACACACACACACACACACACACACACGGAGGUGUUCCCCCACCCCCACCCCCAGGCUCUGGAGGCUUUAGGUUUAACUCGGGGUGUCCCGGGAGUGGCUGGCCAGCAGGAAGCUCCCCUGCCAGCUGCUGGGCAGUGACUCUCUCUUGCACUUGGGUUUCGAUUUCCGAUUUGCUAGGCGAGGCUGUGAUGGGGGGCAGGGCAGCAGCUUUGGACUCGACUUCCUCUAUCCAGGACCAGCUCCCCCGGCAGGGCAGAAUCCCCAGAACUUGAGCUACACAGCCUUUGCCAUUUACAGCCUUCCCAAGGCCAGCCAGCAACUAUGGGAAACUGGCUGGCUGGGGGGUCAUCUGCAGGGCCAUCUGGGGGGUCAUCUGCAGGGCCAUCUGGGGGGUCAUCCUCUGCAGAGCCGUCUGACUUAACCUCGGUGCCAGCGGACAAGCUGGAAGAGUUUAUCCAAGCAAACCUCAAACCCAACGAAGAAUGCCUGAAGCUGAUAGACCAGGACGUGGAUGCCAUCUCCGACUUCCUGCUGAGCAGAGAGAGCCCUGUGGUGAGGGUAGCUAAGGGUGGCUCCUAUGGCCGGGAAACAGUCCUAAGAGGCUGCUCUGAUGGUACCCUUGUGCUCUUCGUGGAUCAGUUUCAUACGUUUCAGGAACAGAAGGAAAACCAAAGUGAACUCCUCAACUUGAUUGAACAACGGCUAAAAACCCACGAGAAAUACAAGCCAGCAAACUCUAGGGGCAUCCUUGUCAUUCGACUGUCCACACAAGGGCAGAGGAUACUCUUGCAGUUGCUUCCAGCCUUUGAUCCCCUGUGCUUCGGUCAGAAUCCCAGCUCCCAGGUCUAUCGGGAUCUCAAAAGAUCCAUGGAUCGAGUACGAGCAGUGCCCGGUGAGUUCGCAGUCUGCUUUACCACGCUACAGCAGCAGUUCUUCAAGAAAUAUCCCAGGAGAGUGAAGGAUCUGAUCCUGUUGGUCAAGCACUGGUAUCACCAGUGCGAGGAGAAGUGGAUGACUUCCCUGUCUCUGCGGUUGUUGUAUGCACUGGAGCUGCUCACUGUGUAUGCCUGGGAACAGAGCCGCCAAGGGGAAAACUUCGACGUAGCAGAAGGUGCAAGGACCGUGCUGGGACUCAUCGGGCAGUCGUCACAGCUGUGCGUCUACUGGAUAGACAACUACAAUUUUGAGGAUGAGACGGUCCGCAACACCCUUCUAUGCCAGCUCAGGUCCCAAAGACCGGUCAUCUUGGAUCCAACUGAUCCAACCAAUAACGUGGGCAAAGACGAUGGGUCCUGGCAGAUGCUGACAGAGGCGGCUCAGGCCUGGCUGUACUCUCCCAGCCUGAAUAAUGUGUCACCUGCACCGCAUUGGAAUGUUCUGCCCACAUCACUCUUCAUCACCCCAAGCCACUUACUGAACAAGUUCAUCAAAUACUUCCUCCAGCCCGAUAAAGAUUUCUUGGACCAGAUCAAAAGAGCUGUUGACACCAUCUGUAAAUUCCUUAAAGAAAAUUGCUUCCAGGGCCAAAGCACCAAAGUUCUGAAGACCGUCAAGGGAGGAUCCACUGCCAAAGGCACAGCUCUGAAGUCUGGAUCGGAUGCCGACAUCGUUGUGUUCCUCAGCUCACUGAAGAGCUAUGACUCCCAACAAAACGAGCGCUCGAUGUUAGUCCGGGAGAUCCACAGGCAAUUAGAAGAUUUCCAGAAGACGCAGGAGCUGGAAGUGAAGUUUGAGAUUUCAAAGUGGGAGUUCCCCAGGGUGCUAAGCUUUACCUUGAAAUCCAAGAGUCUCAACGAAAGUGUCGACUUUGAUGUCCUGCCUGCCUAUGAUGCACUAGGUCAACUGCGUUCUGGCUUCCCCCCCAGGCCCGAAGCCUACAAGGAGCUCAUUGAGCUGUAUAGAUCAUCGAACUUCAGAGGAGGAGAGUUUUCGCCCUGUUUUACAGAGCUACAGCGCAACUUCAUUGAACCCCGGCCCACCAAACUGAAGAGUCUGAUUCGCCUGAUCAAGCACUGGUACAAACAGUGCGAAAGGAAAAAGAGGUCAAAAGCAUCCCUGCCCCCAAAGUAUGCCCUGGAGCUUCUCACCGUGUACGCCUGGGAGCAAGGCAGUGGCAUGGUCAAGUUCGACAUUGCCGAAGGCUUCCGGACCGUCCUGGACCUGGUCAUCAAUUACCAGCAGCUCUGCAUCUUCUGGACAGUCAACUACAACUUUGAAAACGAGCCGAUGAGGUCAUUCCUGCUGACCCAGAUCUGGAAGAAGAGGCCUGUGAUUCUGGAUCCAGCUGAUCCCACGGGUGACGUGGGAGGAGGUGACCGCUGGUGUUGGCAUCUUCUAGCCGAAGAAGCCAAGGGGUGGCUGUCCUCACUGUGUUUCGAACUGCCAAAGAGUGACUCGGACCUGGAGCAAAGAAUACAGCCGUGGAAAGUGCCAGUAGUGCAGACCCCAGGAAGCUGCGGAGCUCAGAUGUACCACCCCGCUCUGGGUUGAGUGCAGUCAAUUUGGAAUCCAGCUCUGGGAUGAAAAUGCCAAAUGAAGAAGCCUCCAGAGUUGUCUGGCAAUUGAUUUAAGGACUCAGUCCAUGUUACAAAAGGGAGCUGAGUCCAGUCCUCCCUGCCUGACCCCUAUUUCUCUUUCUCUUUCUCUCUCCUUCACUCUCAGACAACUCUGCUUGAAAUCAAGACUUUGGAUCUGAUCCCCCACCCACCCCUGGGGUUAGCAUUCAGGCAUUACACUGGACUGCCCUUGGGACCUGGUAGAAUACGCCAUCAACUACAACCUCUCCCCGCACGCAUGCACUUUCUAGCAAUUCAGGCAUCAUGCUGGCCUGCUCAGGGUCCUCAGCUCCAGCCAUUCAGAGCACCGCCUGUGUGCAUGUGUUAGCAUUCAGGCAGGUAAACUGGCCAGUUCAGGGUCCUACAGCCGUAGUCCCUGUGUGCUACACACCCUCCACCCUCCACCCCACCCCCACCCCCGUUUUAAAAGCAAGCUCCACCCAGCACACUUCUUACCUUUAACUCUGCUUCUCCCAGAGGCGGGUCUCUGUGCCCCCUUCUCUCCCUUCCCCUACAAUAAACCCUCAAGGUGA